AUGUCCUCCUUGCCCCCAGUGCUGCUGCUGCUGCUGCUCCCUCAGGCAGCCUGUGAAGUGGAAAAGGACAUCAACCAGAAUCCAGAGCUCUUACGCAACCUGAGUCUGGGGUACGACCUGUAUAAGUCCUACUAUGAUGGGAGAACCACCUCCUAUGCCAUGCUGCAGUUGCUUUCAGGUGGGGAAACACACCUUCCUAAUUACAGCUGUGGUAGAAAGACGAACCUGCUGGCCAUUCUGGAAGGAACCGAAUCGGACCUCUCCACUUUGAUUUCAGCCAUGUUGGGCAUCUACAAAACCCCACAGCAGUGCACCAAGUGUCCAGAAGAUCAGCAUCCAAACCAGGUCCGAGAUCAAUGUGUCCCUAAGGAGAUCACCUUCCUCUCCUAUGAACAACCUUUGGGGAUUGUCCUGACCUCCUUUUCUAUGUUCUUGUGCUUAACUACUGGCUUUGUGUUAGGAAUCUUCUUUAAAUACCAAGAAACUCCACUCAUAAAGGCCAACAACAGGGAUCUCUCCUACAUUGUCCUGAUAUUUAUCAUGCUUUCCUUCCUGACCUCUUUCCUCUUCAUUGGUCAGCCAUGGAAAGUGACUUGUCUUCUCCGACAAACGGCCUUCAGCAUCAUCUUCUCGAUUUCAAUUUCUUCAGUGUUGGCCAAAACCAUCACAGUGGUGCUGGCCUUCCUGGCCACAAAACCAGGGAACUGGGUGAAGAGGUGGCUGGGGAAGAGCCUUGCAAACACCAUUGUCAUUUCAUGUUCCAGUGUGCAGGUCCUCAUCUGCUCCCUAUGGCUGGGCAUCUCUCCACCCUUCCCAGAUUCCGAUAUGCACUCCCAACCUCAAGAGAUCAUCCUGCAGUGCAAUGAAGGAUCUGUGGCCAUGUUCUACAUGGCCCUUGGCUACAUGGGUUUCCUGGCUGCCAUCUGCUUCACAGUAGCUUUCUUGGCCAGGAAGCUGCCAGGAGGCUUCAACGAAGCCAAGCUGAUCACCUUCAGCAUGCUGGUCGUCUGCAGUGUCUGGGUGUCCUUUGUGCCCUCCUACCUGAGCACCAAGGGGAAGUACAUGGUGGCCGUGCAGGUCUUCUCCAUCUUGGCCUCCAGUGCUGGGCUGCUGGGCUGCAUCUUCAUCCCCAAGUGCUACAUUGUUGUGCUGAGGCCUGAUCUAAAUACAAAGGAGAAUAUAAUCUUCAAAAUCAAGCAGGGCAUCUGAUACCUCAAGGUAUGUCUGUGUGUUUGAUGCUAAGGUUCAGUGAUCUUUGUCACACUGUGCCUUGUGCUCUGCAUUUCCCCCAACUGGUCAUUUC